ACCAUGCUUGUGUUUUUGUUAUUGUUGUGAGUGGUUUGUGUUACGGCGUAUCUCGGUGAAUGUGUUAAGUCUCGAUUACAGUUCUCAUCAGUCUCAUAGAUGUGUUUUCUCAGUCAUAACCGAACAUCGUUUCGCGGGAUGAAAUUGUUCUGAUCAUCUAAGCAAAAUCGGGAGCAUCACUAUUCUGUUACCAUGGAGAAGAUAUGUGGGGUGGAGUUUCGGAACGUCGGGAGUUGCUACUUCCCUCAGAGCAGAGUGGACUGUCAUUACACCAUCAACCCACAGCACACAUGGGCCAGUAACGACUGGAUUGGACUAUUUAAGGUUGGCUGGUCAUCAGUCAGGGACUACCAUACAUUUGUGUGGGCAGUAGUUCCAUCCAACUACAAAGAGGGGAUGUCUGUCAACUGCUGCGUUAAUUUUCAAGCUUCUUACCUACCAGGGACUAGUGCUCAGCAAUACCAGUUUGUGUAUGUCGAUGGAAAGGGGGAGGUUUGUUCUUGCAGUACUGCCUUUACCUUCUCGUCCCCAAAGCCCCUGGAAGAGCUGGUGACACUGGAGGAGGAGGGUCAAGGGGAGGAAGUGGGCGAGGAUAUGUUACUUGUCAUCCCCAGAGCCCAGUUACUCCAGAGUCGCCUGCAGGAGUGUCUGAAAGAGCGUGCGGAGCUGCUCAAGGCUCUGGAAGCAGCAGACCAGAACAUGGAAAGAGAGAAAGACAGGAGAGAGAGAGACAAAUGUUUCUGGGAGGACAACCGCAAGGAACUGGAAAGAAAGAUCAGUGAGCUGAAGGAGGAAGUGAGAGAAUAUAGAGCAAAAGUAGAGGGAAUGAAGAAAAAGCAAAAGGAGGUUAAAGAAUUAGGUGAGGCCCUGACAGAGGAGAAGAAAGCCCUCCUGGCUCAAAAAGAAGCUAAUGAGCAGAAAAUCAGGGAACUAGAGGAGGACAUCAAAGUACUGACCCAGAGAGGCCUGGAGAGAGAAACUGACAUAGAAAGAAUGAGGGAACGAGCUAAGAAAGCAGCUGCUCAGAAGAAGGAAGAUGAGGAUGAACAAAAGAACCUGAAGUUAAAGAUGGGGCAGACCGAGAAAGAGCUGCACAGUCUGUCUGCAGAGUUUCAGAGUCUGAGAAGCUCUCUGGCCCAGAGAGAUACACACGCCCUACAGCUCCAAGACACCAUCUCAACCCUCACACACAAACUCAACAGUGCUCACAGGAAAGAGGCAGCCAAUGAAGUGGCUCUGGGUGAACUCCGGAGUGUUCAGGAACGUUUGAACGUGAGUGAGCGCUGCGUGGAGACUCUCAAGGGGGAGCUGAGAGACAUGGUCGCUCAGAGGGACACUGCACACACUGAGCUUCAUCAAGCCCGUCUGCAGGCCGCACAGCUCACACUGCAGCUGGCAGAUGCCAGCCUGGCUCUGAGAGAAGGCAGGGCCAGCUCGGCACAGGAGAGAGAGACCGUGCAGCAGAACGCUGAGAUGCACAAAGUGCGUCUGGACCGACUGAAUGAUGAGAUCCAGCAGAAAGAGCAGUUGUUGCAGGAGGCGAGGAUGGAGAGGGAGAAAGCGGUGGUGGAGCUGGGACGAGAAAAAGACUGCAAUCGGGUUCAGCUUAGCGAGACUCGCCGUGAGCUGCAGGAACUGAAGGCCAGUUUAAGGGUGGCUCAGAAAGAGAAGGAACAGCUGCAGACAGAAAUACAGGAAGUGAUGGAGUACAGCCGCCAACUGGAGAGAAGGCUGGAGGUGCUGAGUGAUUCUAAAUGGAGUGAAACAGCCCUGCUGCACAGCAGCCGUGCAGAGAGCCCACUGCUGUCUGAUUCGGAGGAUGAGAAUCCUGAGGCCUUGCAGGACGCACACUCUUCUGGGCCUCUGAACCACUACAGUCUUUGUGAGCAGCCCCAGGCUGACCUGCUGCUCCCAGCCACCCCACCACCCUCUCCUAGACACCCUUCCAGCAUGGACACAGUAGUCAUCAGCCAACCUGCACCUUUGUCCUAUCCGCACCAGCCCAAAGCUCAUACACACUCUCACAGCUCUGAGUCGGAGGAAGAGUAUGAAGCCGCUCUGUCAGGUGGGCACAGCUCUGGAGAGGAGACAGCCCUCCUCUUGCCUGACAGCAGAGAUGCUGCCCUCGGAGAUCUGGCUGAGAGUCCCCUGUGGUGAAAAGUAGAACUGCAGAGGGCCAGCACAGUGUGGAUGGCUUCACGCCACUGCAACUUGUGUUAAAAGUUUUAUAUUUAGAAGCAUUUGCGCUUUAUAUUAUAUUGACAUGAGUAUUUAAAUAUGCAAUUUGCUUUAUACUUUAUAUGCAUUUAGAAUCUGCACAAGCUAUUAGACCUCUAAAUGUAUCACACGGUUUUAAUGAUAUUUGCCCGGACGUGUUAUUUUUCACAUAUCAACUGACAAGCAGAAAGAGUGUCUGUAAUGAGCAGAUCAAAGGAAAGAUUGUAUAUGAGGAGGAAGUAAUGCGUUUGUUUGUGUGUGUAUGUUACUGUUGUUUAUCUAUUUGAAUCUUGCUUCUCUUGGUAUUUACUUGAGUUCUGUCACAAGUCUCAUACUUCUAUAUUACCAUUAAUCUGUAAUCAGCAAUAAUUUAAAGCACAAUGUUUGACAUCUUUUCAGGUUUUUAAUGUAAGAUUUAGUUUGGGUGCUCUUCAUUUUGUGGGUCUUGUAGUAGAAAUAUUUUGAAUUGUUGUUGCAGAAUCAAAAGUCUUUUGAAGAAAGUUUCUGUGAUUGUUCACGGAUGACAUGGUUAUGUGCAAUGGGACACACUAGCAACUGAUCAUUGUGUUUCAUAGUAAAAGAGUGACAUUUUUCAUAGAUUCAUUAAAUUUACUUUCAUCCUAAAGUCACAUCAUUCAUAUAUGCAAGCUUUUAUUUGGUGGAGAAAAUCCACUGCACCAGUGACCGGAGAUUUUGGAUAUUUUAAUUAGUGUGAAUUUAUUUAAAAUUGUAAUUACUCUGAAUUGUUAUUUGGUGCUUACUGGAUUUAUUGUAGUUUUAUGCAUUAUAUUGAAACACUAUUUGACAUUACAGAGGGAAUUCUUACUUGUAUUGACUUGGCUCUUGGAUAUCAGUAAUUAGUACUGUAGAAAGGUAUUUUAAUUUCAAGGCAUUAUUUUUUCCAACAAAUCAAACUGUUUAAAAAUGUGCCUCAUAAAAAACAAACAAAGCAUAUAUUAAAAAGUGCAAAUAAUUAAGGGAAAUAUGACAUGGUAUUAUACGUUUUUUUCCACAAUGUUUUUUUUUUUUUUUCAGUCUUUAAAACAUUGCCCUGUUUUGCUCACUGUAUUCAAAGAACUUGCAUUGUGUUUGGUUGAUUUUUUUUUAUUGCUUUUAUCUUUACUAUAGGGACAAGUUUGAAUAGCUCCUAUGUUAUUUGCCUUUUAUACAACACAUUUUAACAUCUGUAUUGACUUAUGUGAUGUCAACAUUAUUACACACUGAAACAUGCUUUUGCUGUUACUCUGUAUUCAUCAGUCUACUAAACUUUAGACUUUUGUAUUGUAUGCUUGACUAGGUUUUUCUUGAAUAGUAGGCUGUACUCUAGAACGUUAUGCUAUUGUCAAGAAAUCUGGGAUUGAAUACAUCAUUUUCAUGAGUUAAACUUCUGUUGUUUCCACCAACUCUAAAAGUUUGACCACAGCUAUAUGAAUUUUGACCUACACUACCACAUUUACUGGAAACUCGUUUAUGGCAGGAAAAUGUUAAGUCAUAAGUAAUUGUUGUCAAAUUAUUUCUAUUAUAUAAGAGUUUCAAUAAUGUCUAAGGGACAUUGUUUUUAAGAACGCAGGUCAAUUGAGGGCAAUGUGAUUUUUGUCAACUCUGUCAGAGAAUUUGACUUUUGUGCAGUUAUUGCUAUAUUCACUUAAUUAAAAUAUUUUAUUUUAUUUUAUUUUUAUUUUUUAGGUUAUGCUGUUCUGUGCAGGGUGUGGAUGGGUUUCAGUAAUAAAAUAAUAUAACAUUUA